AUGGCGGCUAGCCACCUGCAGCCACACCUCACAAACCCCCAUCUGAAGAGGCACCAGCUGAUCCAACCUCUGACCAACCUGGAGGAGCGCAUCUGCCUUGAGCACGGGCAGCUCCUGGAGCUCUUCUGUAGGGACCACUCACUGUUGGUUUGUCUGAAAUGCACGUCUGAAGAGCAUAGAGAUCAUCAGACAGUCCCUCUGAAGGAGCAGGGAGAGGUGCAGCAGGCCACACUGAAGCAACAGAUCAAAGACAGACUAGUGAAAGUCCAGGAGAUCCAGCGAUUAGUGAAGCAGAGUCAGAGAAACGCAGAGACAGAAAUACAAGAAGGUCUCAGAGUCUUCAAUACUUUGAUGGAGUAUGUUCAACAGAGUGCAGCCAGCUUCAAACAGAGCAUAGAAGAGAAGCACAAGAAGAGCGAGGAGGAGGCAGCUCAGCUGAUAGAGCAGAUCCAGUCAGAGAUCUCUGAGCUGGAGCAGAGAGGAGCGGAGAUGGAGCAGCUGUGGAGCUCUGGAGACCACCUGCACUUUGUCCAAACCUUCACUACAGUCAAGCCUGCUCCAUGGCUCAACGACUGGACGCAGAAGACCGAGCAGUUCUCUUGUGCUUGUCGGAGAUGA